AUCCCACAUUCUCCAACGGAUACCUCCAUCUCUCUCUCUCUCUCUCUCUCAAUCUCUCGAUCUCUCGACGCUCCAAAACCUCGCCUUUAACUCUCGAAACCAACACCGAAUCCGCGGCACCGAAACCCUGCCUCCGUAGAUCUCCAUCGCGUCGAUCGAUACCAUCAUUACCCCCACAAUCCCCCUUCUCUUUCGAGGAUUCGGCGCUCAGAUUCGGUCACCAUAUCGUGUACGUUGUUGCCGCGAUUUCACGGGGUUCUUUUUGAUCGAUUUUUGGGGAGCUAGGGUUUUCGGAGGAGUAGUGUAAAGUUGAAACCUUUGGCAAAUGCUUGGAAGGAGAGUGUUGUUGUUAUGGCCGGGGGUAGAGUGCAGGUGAUCAGCAGCAGGGGUUGCUCACGGCUCUUUGUAGGUGCUUCUGUUCCUUCUCUUUGCAGUUUGAGCUCCACCGACAUGAUGUCGUCGGCUUCUUCGUCGGUGCCCCUCUUGGAAUCUACUGGGCCUUUUUCGGGUCUUGUGAUAUGCGUCACGGGGCUAUCGAAAGAAGCAAGAGAUCAAGUCAAGACUGCGACAGAGAAAUUAGGUGGCCAGUAUAGUGCAAGCCUACAUCCUAAGUGUACUCAUCUUGUUGUACAGAGCUUUGGUGGACGCAAGUUGGAACAUGCGCUUAAGCAUGGAGCAAGGAACGGUCUUCUAGUCAUUACGCUGGCUUGGCUUGUUGAUAGUGUGAGGAGAAAUGUGAGGCUGAAUGAAUCUUUAUACAGUGUAAAAAAUAUUGGAGAGAAUGGCUUUCCUUUAGGGGAGUUCAAUCGUCUUGUUGGCCUUCCCGGCAGUGAGAAGUCCUGUCUUCCAGUAAUGGCCUUUGAAGAUCAUAAAUUUUCAAACACAGCUAGGCAACACCAACUAGAAUCCACUAGAAAGGAACUAAAAACUGCCGGUUCAGUUUUCUCCAAUGACUCUAUUUAUAUUGAUUCAGAUAUUUCAGGUGAACUGAAGGAAAAGCUUGUUGAUGCAGCUUCCAGAGAAGGUGCUAAAAUGUUGGAGCACUGGUUUAUUGGUUGUCAGGCAAAUUAUGUUGUGUGUGAAGGUCCUUCAAUCCAAAAAUAUAUUGGCCACUCCAACAAUGUUGUUACUCCGCUGUGGAUCCUAAAAACAGUUAAGGAGAAGUCUUUGCAGCGGCUUGUGCAUUUCUCAUCGGACCUAGCUAGGCAGGUUGCCAUGAUUCUUGAAAAUGUUUCGGUUUCCAGAGAGGAAACAAACGGUGGAAGUGUGUGUCCUGUUGCAUCAAAUUCUAAAAAAUCGCUGCCGACAUGUAAGGGCAUUAAAGAAAGCCUUGAAGAGAGGCAGAAAAUAACUGACUUAGCAAAAUUGGGUGUCCGAAAUCGCCGUUGUCACCGCAUGCAAACAUGCCAAAUUCCGAUCCAUCCGAUUACUCCAUCCAGCCUUUUGGAUACAAUCUGCUGGUCAAUUUCUGAGCCAACCUCAUCAGCAUGUGUUUAUACUGACUCUUCUUGGUCAGAAGAUGUUAACGAGCAGCAAACCAUCUCUUCUUUUGAUGUGAGAGGAGAUGCAACGGAUGCAGAAUUAUCAUCUGAAAACUUCUCUCGCCCACUUAAAGAAAGUGAGAAGAGGGAAGUGAUCUUCAAAAACCACUUCCUUACUAUACUCUUUCCAGUCGACCGUUUCAGUGAAUUGGGGCCUUUAUCGAGGACAUUCUUUAGCAAUGGUGGUUUUACACGCAUGCAAGUACUGGAUUAUAUUUACAGCUUUUAUCAGGAGAACAUGUUGGAAAAUGAAAUAGAAGUAGCAAUUCACACAGAUUCAAGACAUGCCGAUCGCCUCCGGUCUCUGUAUGCUAGCGAAGAAUCGGUAGAGCGCGGUUACAUCUCGUUCAAGAGAAUCGAUUUCAUGGGGAGCCGAAGGAGCUUCGAGGUGUUGAAGCGGUUGAGUGGCGAGACCAACUGCAAUGUUUACGAGCUUUUGAUCAGAGCGUAGGUCGUUUUACUGUUUGAUCCAGGUUUGGUUUUUUUUUUCUUUUUUCUCUUUUUUCUCUCUCUCCGCCUCUGAUGCUAAAUGUGGGUGUGGGUUUACGAAAAAUAAAAUAUAGAGCUUGCAAUUUUGUUUCUUGUGUAUAACAAGUGUGAUGUGAAUACCAAUUAGCCAAGAGAAUAAUGAGAUUAAUGGUGCUUAUAUACUAA